UCUCCCUGAACUCGUCGUCACUUGAGGCCGUCGGCGCGGAGGUCAGCUCGAUGGAGCUCGACUGGUGUCGUCCGCUGCCAAGGGAGCUGAGCGACAAGGAGGCGUUCGACCUCAUCCUGGCGGCCGACGUGGUCUGGCUUGACGACCUCGUCACCCCUCUCGUUCGCACCCUUGAGCGCCUUACGGCGGGGUGGCCUAGCGGUGGCGUCGACGCAUCGCCGGCGCCGCUUUCACCGGCCGCGGCAAACGGAACCCAAGAAGAGCAGCGGAAUGAGACUGGCUUGGCGGCCAGGUUCGGGAGCGGUGCCGUUCCUCAGAAGUGCGAAGGCGGCGGUCGUGCUGCGAGGUCGGUCGGGCGGUCAAGACCAUCGGCCGGGCGGCGAGUGUUGUUGGCGUACCAGUGGAGGAGCGAGAGGACAGGGAGGGCGCUGCUGGAGGAGCUAGGUGCAUGUUUCCGUGUCCGGGAGAUACCACCGGAGGAGUGCCACCCGGAUUAUUUGCCAUCAACCAACCUGUGUUUGCUGGAGGCCGUGAGGCGCCAAGAGUAGCGAUCGUAGCGCGCGUCGAGGGGCCGAUACACGGGGAGGUCCCACUACGGCGAGGACGAAGGCGUACGUCUGAGUGCUGUGAGCUUUACCAGCGCGCGGGGCUUUGGCGAACGACCUUGUGCAUACGCGCGCGCUUGCUGUCCUCCCUAUAGCAGUCGCUUGGUGCGAUAUCAGGUUGAAUGAGCGUUGUUGGAGGUUGGUGAAUGAAUGCUGAUCGUAGUCAACGGAACGGCUGCCCCCCUGGCGCCGGUUUUGGCUCCAAAAACCUUUUUGGCCC